CCGCUUGCUUCUGAAAUCCGGCAGUGAAGUUUUCGGAGGAUGAACUCAAGGUGAAAGAGUCCGUGACGAUGAAGUUUUUCCUCCUCUCCAUCUUUCUAGUCGGAGCCGUUACAGGCUAUCAAGUAGGAAAGGAAUAUGUUUACGAGUACGACGGAAAAAUCCACGUGACUCAACCUGAGGUCCCGACCCAGUCUUCGGGACUUGCCUUCAAGGGUAAAGUCAUCGUCCAGCCAAAGGCAGAACACCUGCACUUAAAGAUCGAAGACUUCGAAACGGCGACCGUCAACUGGGACGUCGUAGACGUUGCGACGCACCAGUUCCCCUACCAGACCCAUCCGUCUCUGACGGAGAACCUCGGCAGGCCCUUUGGACUGAAGUUCACGGAGGGAAAGUUUGUGAACAUCGAGCUCGGCAAUCACGAACCUCUGUGGUCGCAAAACGUCAAGAAGGCUGUGGCAAGUCUCCUCCAGGUCGAUCUCAGCCAUGUGAAGCGCGCUCAUCAUGCUGAUUCUGAGUACAGGGUCUAUGAGGAAAACCUGGACGGUGUCUGCGAAACUCUGUACAUUCUCUCUGCUGCAAGUCACGGUACCCCAACUCACCAUGGCGGGCAUGGCGAACAUGCUGGACAUGGUGGGCAUGGGGGACAUGAUGGGCACGGCGAACACACUGGACAUGGUGAGCAUGGCGAUCAUGCUGGACAUGGUGGGCAUGGGGGACAUGAUGGGCACGGCGAACACACUGGACAUGGUGAGCAUGGCGAUCAUGCUGGACAUGGUGGGCAUGGGGAACAUGGUGAGCAUGGCGAACACACUGGACAUGGUGAGCACGAUGGACAAGGCGGACACACCGGACAUGGUGAGCAUGGCGAACACGCUGGACAUGGUGAGCACGGUGGACAAGGCGAACACGCUGGACAUGGCAAACACACCGGACAUGGUGAGCAUGGCGAACACGCUGAACAUGGUGAGCACGCCGGACAUGGUGGGCAUGGCGAACACAGCGGACAUGGUGAGCACGCCGGACAUGGUGGGCAUGGCGAACACAACGGACAUGGUGAGCACGGUGGACACGGUGUGCGGUUGGAAAUCACCAAAGUGAGGAACAGGGACAAAUGCACAAAAGCCCCUGUGGCUUUCUACGGACAUUUCCGCGGGGAUAAAUGCGAGAACUGCGAGUCGACGGAACACCGUCCUUUUGUAACCACCGCAGAAGUGAAGGUUGGCCUACAUGGCACGCCGCAGAACUUUGUCGUCGAUCACGCCUGCUCGACAAGUAGUCAAGUUUACGUUCCUUUCAAUCAAGGAAAGGUGGUUACCAUAUACGUCAACCGAACCCUGGUUCUUCAAGAAGAAAGGGAAGCUACAACAGACACCUCACUUCCAGAAGAACGAGGAAUUAUCACGACUCUGUCUCAGACCCUACCCGAAACAGGAAACAUUCAGAAUCCAGACGAUCUCAAGCACCGCAAUGUCUUCUUCGAUAUCUUCCAUCUUGCUGUUGAUAAGGACAAGCUCAUCAAGGAGUUCAACGAACUGGCCGACGUCGAUUUCACGGAAGAAGAUUACAAGGACGCCCUGCACAAGGCGAGCGCACCUCAAAAGUUCACUGAACUAUUUCACUCGUUCGGCGCCCUCACCUACGAAGAAGUCUCACAGUUCUACGAGAACAACGUUGUCAACGCCCCCGAAGAGAGGAAAGAGCAUCUCUUAGCCCUCUUCAUCGACUUACUGAGUGCAACCGGCUGUAACCAACAAAUCGCUUUCGGUCUUCACCUCAUCAACGGAGGACACUUAAGGCAUGAACAUGCCAAGCGAUUCCUCAGCAAGCUUCCUUACAACGUCAAGGAACUCAGCGACGCCCUUUUGAACGCCAUUAUUGACACGUGCAAGACUGCCUUCGUUAAGUCCAACGACCGCGUCGAGGCUGCUUGUCUUCACGCUGUCGGUUCUCUGAUCGAAACGUCCUGUCACCGGGCGAAGGCAGACGAGGAGGAAGACGGAGGGUUCUGCAAGCUGGACAUUGUAGGAAGAUUCUUCAAUUACUCUGUGACACCGGAAGACGUCGCGCACCAGAGUGACUUCCUGAAUACAGCCUACAUCGAGAUCGCCGGCAAGCUGGCCACGCGAGGCAGCAUCCGAACCGUGGCACGGUUUGCCUCUCCCAGAGUGCACUGCCCCGUACAACGUACCGCGGCCCUGUGGGCACUUGCCCAAGCUGCACUAAAGCAGCCACAGCUGGUCCGUCACAUUGUCCUGCCCAUCUACUUGAACACCAGCGAGGUACAUUCCAUUCGUAUCGCCGCUUUUGUUGGCGUUGCGUCUACGUACCCUGAGCUGUCUCUUCUACGUCACAUUGCUCUGGAGCUCAUUCAUGAUCCCAGCGACCAGGUGGCUUCCUUCGUGACGAGCCUCUUCCGAGAGAUCGAGAAGUCCAACUUCCCUUGUUACGCCGCUUUGGCACGCCGGCUCAAGUACGUUGUGCCUCUCUGGAACAACGUCGUACGCUUCAACAAAAAGCAAAAGGAGACGUAUUCGCGCUUUCAGAUGUCCUCUGGUUACGACGAAAAGUACAACUACGGUGGCGCCACCAUGCUCUCUGUAAUCCGAUCGGAAGACAGCUACUUGCCACGGAGUGUCUAUCUUGCCGCUCAGGAUUACUUUGCUGGCUACACGCACGAUACAUUCUCGCUGGCCUACCAGGGCUGGGGCGUGGACAAGCUGGUCUCGCACAUUGUGGCCCCUCGUCUUGGUUCAAAGAAAAACCUGUGGAACUUCUAUGGCAAGCGAAGGACCCCCAGAGACACAGACGAACGGGAACAACUCAAUCACGCUCUACCAAUAACCACGCGGGGCUACGAUCCGUUCCACGUGGACAUCAAGGUCCACCUCUUUGGACACAAUAUAGAGACGUGGGAGUUCAAUGAAAGAACUCUGGAGAUGUUCCACAGGCCCGGAGAUCCUGAAGGCGGUCUGGUUGACGUUUUCACGCGGGUCCUUGGCCGCGAAGUGAAGUCAAAGAACUUCUACAUGUCCCGUGAUCUCAUCUGGAUAUUCCCCACCGAUGUCGGAUUUCCGGCUUUCUUGGACGUGAAACAGGCGAACUUCAUUUAUGCAAACCGUCAUCAGAUUACAGUCCAGGAGGAAGGACCUGCCUUACAGUUGGGGCUUCAACGUCAUUACCUCUACGACAGCUUCGCUUACGAAACCUUGGGAAUCGGCCUGACUUUCAACAAGACUUCUUUCGGCGUUGGAUACCACAAGCGUCUGGCUGUGUCCUUGCCUCUGAAACUCCACUCCACUUACGACUUCAAGACGCACAACUUCAAGUUGGAGAGGCCUCUGACACUCCCCGUCGACCUCUUCAAUUAUUACUUUAAACCUUAUUCCUUCAUCGAGCCUUUUGACGACACCGUAGGGAAGGGCAGUUCAGAGUUUGCGCUCACGGAACUCCCACUCUAUAACGACGAAGAGCUCAGGCAUUUCGAUAGGACGUACUUCACUGACUUCUUGGGUUAUGGAAUCAACGUAAAAGGUCACUUGAUCGACAAAGGUCGUCAGAAACACCUGCACCGGUUCUGGUACGAGAUGGAUUGGCGUCAGAAGUUUUACUAUCUAUACGUAAACCCGCACUGGCAUCCGCGGGCUCUGGCCAUUCAAGUCAUUCCAGCGGAGCAGGAUGCCACGAACACCAUCGAGCUGGACAUCGCCCCCAAGUGCUAUGGACCAAAGGACGUUCAACGUCACAGCGAAUUUGCCCCGAACGACAUCGCGUCCUACGGAGGACACAAUACUUCCGCUCACGUCCUCAACGUGAACUUACACCUGAAGGGAGAAACGAAGACGCGCUCUGUAAAGACUGAACUGACGUAUACCUACAGCAACGACCUGCUCAAGCACUGGGUUCGCUUCUUUUACGACAGGACGCCUUUCCAUGAACAAGAGAAAAACCACAAGAAGAUCUGCAUUGACACUACGGCGACGUUCCCAAGACCGGAAUGGGCCAAACUGGAGAAAUUGGCUGCUUUUUACCAGGGGAAGACUGUCGACGCCAAGGCCAACGUUGCAUACGGUGCGGACUGCGCUCACGGAUCGCGGAUCUUCUUCCAUGGCACCUACGAGCAUACUAAAUCUGACGCUGAAGAGAUCAACGACGUUGCCAGCGGCGCACCGCCGAGCAAGAACAGGUUCAAGCAGAACGUCCUGCGAAGGCUGUACCAAAAAUGUCGUUUCUACCAAGAACGAGGCAUCAAGUUGAAUUACUUCUGCGUUAAGUACCUCUAUCACAGCAGUCGCCUCGGUAAACUCAACCUCGACGUUGAGUACCACAACCUCAAGCCGUUGCUGCCACACCUACACCACGCCUACCACCAGCACAGCAAGAAACAUCCUGGAUUCUUCGCUGCCAUCUUCGCACACGUGGGGGGACCACAAGGAAAGUUGCACGUCGUUUCCGAAGUGGAAGCGUUCAGCGGAUGCCGAUCUGCCGACGUUACCGUGACAACCGGUGACGGUCACGUCUUCCGGCAUGAGGGCGUGCCCACGUUCUCCCACCUUCUGGAACCGCGUGUUCUCAACAUGCUCAGUUACAGCAACCUCCAGGAAUACUCGGAACAAUACAAACUGAGAACGUGUGAUCUUCAGGGACACAGCGUCCGUACGUACGACGGGGUUGUAGUUGAUCUACCGGAAACGGACUGCUACAAAGUGGUGACGAAGGACUGCUCCCCGCGCAAUAUCUUUACGGUGCUGGCUAGGGCAACGCAGUCUCCUACGUUUCCCAAGGCGGUGAAAAUCUUCCUGGCCAACGUGACAAUUGAAAUUGGUCCCAAUGAAUCUGGCCCCGUGGUCCUCGUGAACGGUGAGAGGGUGCCGGUCACCAAAGAGCAGCCAUACAGCCACGUGGUGGAAGGUGCUGAGCUCUUCUACGUCGAAGCCGUCCAGAGGUACUACCUCCUCCAAUCAAACUCUCAUGGGCUCUACGUGCUCUUCAAUGGACAGAUGCUGUUUGUACAGGCUGCACCAUUCUACCGAGGCAAGCUGUGCGGUCUCUGCGGCGAUUACAACUACGAGAGGCACGACGAGCUGCUCGGUCCCAACAAGCACCUUUACAACGACACGCUCGCGUUUGCGAGAAGCUACGUCGUUCCUUCUGACAACUGUCACUUGUCGUGAACAUACCAUCCAGUGUAAUCAUUCCAUUUUCGUUGCCAUUUUCAUUUCCGGGGCAACGUUUGCUCGGGGAAAUAAAUGUGUCUUAAAGACUC